AUGAGCUCAUCCCGUACCGAAGAGACCCAGGCACUAACAGCGAUGACCACUGCAGGUAGCGAGGUCCAUCUAGCCACACACGUGACCGUCACACCGAGGGAAGUUUCUGAGCUGGUCAGUGACGACAUGCGGGUCAUCUGUGAUCUGGUCUUUAUCGUCAUCAUCCAGGGUUUGCUGGCUCUGUUUGGUUCCGUCACCAACAUCAUCAAUAUCUUGGUGUUUGUGAAACAGCUAGUUGCAGGAAGCUACAAGGCAUCAUUAGUGACAAACAAACGUGUGGAUUCUACAAAGCUGGUUAUUACAACAGAUUACAGGACUACAAUAACAUUUUUCCAGGGCCUGAAGGAGACAGUGACCAUCAGUUUCCUGGCUUUAUGUCUGGCUGAUUUAGGUAACUUGCUGCCUCUUUUCUGGGCUAGCGUGUGUUCGAAUCCCUUGUUUGAUAUCAAGGAAAAAGCAGACAAUACGUUGUUUGUUCCUUUAACUUCAGGUGUGCCCCACAUAACAUUUCUCAGAUGUUCCUCUUGGAUCCGAGUCUACAUCAACUUUGAAAGGUGUCUGUGUAUCGUCUUUCCUCUGAGGGUCAAGGUAAUGUUCACAAGAAGGAAAACUACUCUAGUUAUCAUAUGCAUUUACAUAGUUAUGGUGGCUUUCAUGAUUCAAGGCGCUGUUUGUUUCAAGUUUCUGCCGUACUUUGAUACCACUAGAAACUCAACAGUCUACAAAGUUAUCAUAACACAGAGUAGCGAAUGUAAUCUAGAUCUAAGCAACAUGAUGAACGUUACUGCUAGAGUUAUUCUUUUUAUCCUGGAUAUCAUUUUUACAAUUAUCAUGAUACAUCGGUUACUGCUUAAAUCAAAAUGGCGCAGCGAGAAGUCUACCGGGACAGCAAAAGAUGGAUCAGCUUUACGAGACUACAGACUAAUUAAAAUGUUGGUUCUGAUUUCCUUUAUUUACAUAGCGACCUCCAUCCCCGCGCUUGGCUACACGGUGCUGUUUAAUGUCUUAGACUCCGUCAUCAGCAACGUACGGAUGUUUAGGAACUUCUACUCUGUCAUCUGGGGAAUAGUCGUGGCGUCUGAAGCUGUGGGUAGCUCCUUCAACUUCUUCGUCUUCUACUCCAUGAGCGCUAGGUUUAAGAGGGCGUUUUGGGAGAUUUUCUGUGUGAAGUUUGGAAGAGGUUAUCUUUAG